AUCUUCGGAUGCAUCGCCAACGAGGGCUACAUCAACCGGCCCGACACGGCGGAGGAGUUCUGCAUCUUCAACAAGAACCAGAACGCCUGUAACUAUGGCGUCUUCAUGGGCUCCAUGGCCUUCCUCUGCUGCCUCGCCUUCCUCGCUCUGGACGUCUACUUCCCCCAGAUCAGCAGCGUGAAGGACCGCAAGAAGGCCGUUCUGGCCGACAUCGGGCUGUCAGCGUUCUGGUCCUUCAUGUGGUUCGUGGGUUUCUGUUUCUUGGCCAAUCAGUGGCAGGUGACCAAUCACGAGGACAACCCUCUGAGGGAGGGGGGCGACGCCGCCCGGGCCGCCAUCACCUUCUCCUUCUUCUCCAUCUUCACCUGGGCUGGUCAGUCCUUCCUGGGCUUCCAGAGAUACAAACUGGGUGCAGACUCGGCUCUUUUCUCCCAGGAAUACACGGACCCCAGCCAGGACGCAGCGGGGGGGCCGUACACCUCCUUCGGGGGGGGGGAGGACCUGGAGAGCCCCGUCGGAGAAGGAGGAGGGGGGGCGACGGCCAAAAGCGAGGCUGCAUUCGACGGCAGCGGAGGGUACCAACGUCAAGACUACUGAGGGAGAAAUAGUGAGAGGGGGGGGGGGGAAGUUACCCAUCGUUUCUCACUUAGAAUCAGAGUUAAAUUGGUGGUAAAAUAGAAACAACACCGGUCCAAAUGGGUUGUUUUGACCUGAGUUUAAAGUAAAAAAAAUGCCAGAAAUCUGUGGAAGUUUUAUUUGUAACAGAGUAUCUUUACUAUUAUUUAAGUAUAAGACAUUUUAAAGAUAAAUGGACAAAAACAAUGUGCAUUUCUUACGGCAAAGGACACAUGAUUUUAGUUUGGAUUAAUAACCUAGAAGUACAGAUGUCAACAUCAAGGUUAAGUUACCAAUAGUUCCUAACUUAGAAUCAAAGUCAAUUGGGGGUAAUAUAGAAACAACACCAGUCCCAAUGGGUUGUUUUGACCUGAAUUUAAAGUAAAAAAACGCAACAAAUCUGUUGUUAAAAGUACAAAACAAAGCAUUUUUACUUGUAACGGAGUAUUUUUACUAUUAUUUAAGUAAAAUACCUUAGUACUUCUUCCACUACUGAAAACAUCUAAAGUUAAAUGGAAAAUAAUGCAAAUGAAAUGUAUUAGGGCAAAGGACACCUGAUUUUAGCUUGGGUUAAUAACCCAGAAGUACAGGGGUCAACAUCCAGGUUAAGUUACCCAUAGUUCUUAGAAACACAAUAUCAUUGCACCUGGGGUAUUAUAGAAACAAUGUCAGUCCCAAUGGGUUGUUUUGACCUGAGUUUAACCAUAAAAACACAAAAAAUAUGUUGUUAAAUAUACAAAACACUGCAUUUUUUACUUGUAAUUAAGUCUUAGAACUUCUACAAAAACAAUCUGCAAAUGACUUGUGUUAGGGCAAAGGACAUGAGUUUAGAAGUACAGGGGUCAACAUCCAGGUUAAGUUACCAAUAGUUCCUAACUUAGAAUCAGAAUUCAAUUGGGGGUCAAAUAGAAACAAUACAAGUUAAAAUGGGUUGUUUUGACCUGAAUUUAACCUAAAAAAUGCAGAAAAAUCUGUUGUUAAAUGUACAAAACAAUGGAUUUCUAUUUGUAACAGAGUAGUUUUACCUUUACUUGAGUAAAAGAUGUCACUACUUCUUCCACUGCUAACAUUUUAAAGUUGAAUGGACAAAAACAAUGUGCAUCUUUUACGGCAAUGGACACAUGAUUUGAGUUCUGGUUAAUUACCCAGAAGUACAGGGGUCAACAUCCACAUUAAGUUACCAAUAGUUCCUAAUUUUAAGUGGGGUUGGAUAUAGUUUUUAUUGUACAAAAAACAAUUGUAAUUUGGGUAAACAUUACAUGACAUGUCACUUUUAUCCAAAGCGACUUACAUACUCAAUACUGUGGGCAAUCCCCACAGGAGCACUUUGGGGUGAAGUGUCUCAGGGACACAACGACAUGCUGACUGCAGUGGGGGUUUGAACCUGUGCUCCCCUGAUCUGAACACCAACAAACUAGUCCACUGCGCCAUACGCCUCCCUAAACAUCGCAUUGUGCGGCAAUACCAGAACCAAUGGGUUGUUCUGACCAGAGUUUACUGUAAAAACACAAAGAAAAACCUUGUUAAAUGUACAAGACAAUGAGAAUAUGAUAUUUAUAAUGAUAAAGGAGACACAUAUUGCUAACAACCAGUAGCAAAUAGUCACAUGCUCGUUUAAAAAAAAUGAUCUAUACUAGCCUUUAAUGUGUUAUUGUUGUGUUUAAAUGCAACAAUUCUGCAUUUAUCUGGGGGCGAAAGUUGGUGGACUUCAUACCUGCAACAUUUCAGUUAUUCGAUAAAAGUCUGAAUAAUCUCUGAAUUAGAAAAUGUGGGUAACUUUCCAGAUUUUGGGGAGAACAUGUCGAUUAUUUGGUGAAUAAAUUGUGAGGUUUGCAGAAAGACAGGUCAAUGCUGGUGACCACAUUGCCUUUAUCCUCCAACAAAACGACUGCGAUCAGUGACACACACACACACACACACACACACACACACACACACACACACACACACACACACACACUACAUACACACUAUUUAUUGUGGAAUAAAUUGACAAUGUCACAAAGGAGCGAUAGAGAGUAAAAUGUGUAUGAAUAUUUUCUGCUGCAAUAAAUCAGCAAAGUCACUAGGGGGAGAUGGAGAGCAAAAGUGUGUGUAUUCAGAUGAAAAAAAAAAAAGUAAUUACACACCUACUCUGUUUCAAAAUGCUCUGAGGACCAGUCUGAAACUUUGAGAGAAGCUUUUAAACAACCUCUGGAGGCCAUUACAGUCAAAACAAAUUGACAACCGGCCUAAAUGUCCUCACUCUGCAAAAUAGUCCUCACUCCAAAGAUUAAUAACCUGUGUGUGUCCUCACAAAGAUAGCAGUACAAACACGCACACACACAAGCACAUUUUAACACAGGUUUUUCUGCAGUUUAAACUCCUUAAAGGUGCGUUACAGGAUCUCAAGCAGUGGCAUAUCUGGCAACUAAUCCCCUCACCUGUAAAAACGACAGUGUAUGUGUGUUUUUUUUUUUACGUGUGGCUGUUGGAAAGUGUGUUUUUGUUUCUUGUUUCCCUGAAUGAAUUUUCUCCUCGAUUGUUGCCUUAGUGCAGACUGCCAAGCGAAAUCCAAGGACAGAUUCCCAACGUGCACAGAAGUUAUUUUUGUCGUUAAGCACAUAACAAAACCUGAACAAAAGAAGCAUUCAUAAAGAGCAUCUUCAGAAACACAAAAUGGCCGACAGAUAACACACAACAGGUUAUUUAUCCACUUUAUUUCUGCGAAUCGACACACGAUGCAAACAUCCUGAGUAUUUAUGAACAUGCAUUGCUCCAUUUUCUUAAAGAAUAAAGUCUAUCUCUAUAAAUAUAUGUAAAUCUAUAAUUCAGCAUAUUAGAGUGUUUGAAAAUGCUUUAUUUUUAGGGCAUUAUGCUAUUUCUGUAUAAAAAACGGUUAAAUAAAUAAUUCAGCAUAUUAGAGUGUUUGAAAAUGACAAAAGAAAUGUUCAGUGUUUUAAUGUGAUAAGCUUUCAGGGUCAGGAGAUGCUUUUAUUUUGAAAUAAUAAUAACUAACUAUAAAAACAAAAAAUGUGACCAAAUGACCAAAGUAUAUAUACGCACAUAUAUACUUUAUAUACCGUGUAGACGUCUAGAUGUGUGACGUUCCUUUUGUGAAGUCCAUUUAAAAAAGAGUUAGAUUUAGACACAGAUUGUGUACAAAUGUAUGUUUUUGUUGUGAUUUCAACCAAUAAAAAUAAAGGAAAUACUGAUAAAGAUAUACA